AAACAUAUUUCUCCUUUGAGUUUCACUAUCCUCGAUCGACCUUCCUAAUCCGCAUUCACUUACUUUGGCAUGCAACCGUCCGUUCAUCCCUUCGAAUACCUUUUACAACCUCAUUAAUAUUCACCUUUUUUUUUUUUUUUUUUUUUCUUUCUCGAUUUUUAAUUUCCAAAUUUUGGAAUAUUUGUGUACCCUUUUUCCAUAUAACACAAACCCAAAAGAAUCAUACAAAUUAAAUAAAAAAAAAUCCAUUAAUUGAACUCUUUCUUUCUAUCCUCCCGAAUUAUAUGCUCAGUCUUUUUAAAUAGGAAUUGUAUGCUCAGUUUUAGAUCAGUAAGAACAGAGGAUUUAAAACAUGGAAACAAAACAAGCACUCUGUGAGUCUGCUUUAGUUUGUCAUGGAUCUGAGGGUGGUGACAAUAGCAGUAGUACCUCAAAAACUUGGAAUUCUUAUACCAAAGAUGGUACACUUGAUCGACAUGGAAGGCCUGCAAAUAAAGGAAAAACUGGCGGGUGGAAAACAGGGAUGUUACUCCUAGGUAAUGAAGUGUUAGCAACACUAGCAUUUGUGGGAGUGGAAGUGAACUUAGUGUUGUUCUCAAAAACAGUAUUAAGACAGACAAAUGCAGAGGCAGCAAACACCUUCAGCAUGUGGAUGGGAUCUGUUUAUCUUUUUUCAUUGAUUGGUGCUUUUCUCAGUGAUUCUUAUUUGGGCAGAUUUCUCACUUGCUUAAUCUUUCAAGCUGUUCUUACCAUUGGUUUAAUUGCAAGUUCUUUCACAACCCAACAUUUCCUAUUAAAACCUGGUGGUUGUGGAACACUAGAACAACAAUGUGAUCCUCACUCGAAAUCCGAGACCGUUAUAUUCUUCAUAUCAAUCUACUUAGUUGCCCUGGGUAAUGGUGCAUCUGAACCUGCACUUGCUACUUUCGGAGCAGAUCAAUUCGACGAACAAGAUCCUGAAGAAAGUCGAUCCAAAACCUCGUUUUUUAGCUACUUCUAUGUAGCCUUAAACAUGGGCUCUUUAAUUGGAGAAACAAUUUUGGUUUACAUUCAAACUAUGGGAGAUUGGGUGCUUGGUUAUUGGAUUUCUACUGCUUGUGCAAUUCUUGCUCUGAUUUUUCUGUUUUGUGGAACCAUGAGAUAUAGGCAUUUUAAGCCUAGUGGUAAUCCCAUCUCUAGGUUCUUGCAAGUUAUUAUGGCUUCCUUUAGGAAAAUGAACCUUGAGGUUCCUCAACAUGGUCUAGGCCUUUAUGAAUUUCAAGGAAAAGAUAGUGAGAUUCAUGGUGCUCGAAAAUUACCCCACUCGAAUGGCUUCAAAUUUCUCGAUAGAGCAGCAAUCAUCACACCACUUGACACAACCUUUGCAUCGGAAAAGACAUCCCCAACGAACCCAUGGAGACUAUGCACUGUCACUCAAGUCGAAGAAGUAAAAUGCAUCUUAAGACUAUUACCCAUAUGGCUAUGCACAAUACUAUCCUCAGUAGUUUUCAUCCAAAUGAUGUCUCUAUUUAUCGAGCAAGGAGCCACAAUGAACACCACCAUAGGAGCUUUCCACUUCCCCCCGGCAAGUAUGACAGCCUUCGACAUAAUAAGCACAUCCGCCUUUAUAAUCUUGUAUGACAAGCUGAUAGUCCCGGUCUAUGUAAAGCUCACAAAAAAGAAGCCAAAGCCUCCGAGCGAGUUACAAAGGAUUGGUAUCGGACUAUCAAUCGCAGUGGUAGCAAUAAUAAUAGCGGGGUUACUAGAACAACAAAGGAGGAAAUAUGCUGUAUUAAGUGGGGAAGAUAUAAGUCCAUUAAGCAUAUUUUGGCAAACUCCACAGUAUGUUCUUGUUGGUAUAGCUGAGGCAUUUGUGUAUGUCGCGCAAUGGGAGUUCUUCUCUUCACAAACACCAGAUAGUCUAAAGAGUCUUGGUCUUGGAUUAUCGAUGUCCUCUUCAGCCAUGGGAAGUUACUUAUGCAGCUUUAUUUUGUCAGUUGUAAUGCAUUUCACAACCAAGAAUGGAAGGCCUGGUUGGGUACCUCCCAAUUUGAACGAUGGGCAUUUAGACCGGUUUUUCUUCCUCUCGGCUGCAUUAACUACCCUAAAUCUCGGGUUUUAUGUGAUUUGUGCAAGAAGGUAUAAGUGUAUCUCCAUGAAGAAGCGAGAGGAUGACAAAGAGAUGCAACCUAUUGAGCUGUAAGGUGGGUAGAAUAGUAAGCUAAAUAUCGUUUGGUAUUGAAAUAUAUAAAAAUUUAUACUUCAUAGAAACUCUCAAAACAAAUGAUGUACUUUUAUUAAAAAUGGAUUGAUUGGAUCUGUUGAGCUUCAUUGCAAAGAAAUAGUACAUGUUGAGUAUCAAACACUUUG